UAACGGCUUGGUUUCAGGCCUGGUUCCUCAGGCUCAUCGGUCCAAAAAACAGACUUCACAAAUAAAGAAGAAUCACUGAUCAAAUUGUCAGAAUAUUGUUAUGUUUUAUCAUAUUUCCUUGGAACAUGAGAUCUUGCUACAUCCACGCUAUUUCGGGCCAAACUUGCUUCAGACCGUCAAGCAAAAGCUGUUUACCGAAGUAGAGGGGACAUGCAGCGGCAAGUAUGGGUUUAUUAUUGCUGUAACGACGAUAGACAAUAUUGGUGUAGGACACAUACAGCCUGGAAGAGGAUUUGUUGUCUAUCCUGUCAAGUAUAAGGCCAUUGUCUUCAGACCUUUUAAGGGGGAAGUUCUAGAUGCAGUUAUCACCCAAGUAAAUAAGCUUGGUCUUUUUACAGAAAUUGGACCAUUAUCUUGUUUUGUUUCAAGACAUUCCAUACCACCAGAUAUGGAGUUUGAUCCCAACUCUAAUCCUCCUUGCUACAAAACUAAAGAUGAGGAUGUAGUGUACCAGCAAGAUGAUGAAAUAAGGCUUAGAGUUGUUGGAACAAGAGUAGAUGCUAAUGAUAUUUUCGCCAUUGGUUCUUUGAUGGAUGAUUAUUUAGGUUCAUCAGGAUAAGCUUACAACAAUGCUUCAGGUCCUUGCCCCGGACUUGCCUCAGUAACACUGAAGUGCUUACAAAACAUAUCUAGAUCUAUUUGAGAAAGACAUGUGCUGGGUCUAGUAUACUGCUCAACGCUAUCCAGGUCACCUAAACCCAUCUAAUGAAGACACAGUGUCUGUUGUGUUCUUUGGAAGACCUAAGAUCAUGCCUAUGGAUUCCCUGCUAGCAGAGGCCUCUUUUCUCUGUAUUUCGCUGGGCUGGCUAAAUACAGAAAAAAAGAGGCCUCUGCUAGCAGGAAAGCCUAUGGUGUAUAUAUUAGUCGUUUUAUCCAGUUUUCUCACUUAGUGUACAUAAUUUUCUUACCUUCUUUGCUUUUGGUUAAUAAAAAUGCAAAUACCUGUU